UUUUUUUUUUUUUGCAUCUUAAUUUUAGACGCGUAAAAAAAUUAAAUAUUGUCUUUUUAAGAAAUGAUUUUUUCCAAGACAUCUGACGAUACAUUUUUACCUGAAGAGAAUGACAAAUUAAAAGCACAGAUUAAAGAGUUAAAGAGAAGAUUGGCGACUGCAGUAGAAAAAGAAAGAAGAUUAAAGCGUGAGCUAAUAGAGGAGGAUCUUUCAUAUGUAACAGUAUCUAGUUUAACAAAAUUAAUACAAGAUCCCACAAGAAUAGUAGAGUAUGAGCUGACACAGAUGCAAAAGGAGAUUUUUGACAAAAUGAUGACCACUGCAGAAGCUUGCUGUGUGCAUGAGAUGAUUAGCUAUCAUCGUCUUACAGGUCGCUCAGUAUUUAAAUUUAAAGGAAAACGCAAUUGUAUUAGACUUGAUACAUUUUAUAACAAGACAUAUAAAGAGCCAUAUUACAUCAUUUAUGAUAUAGAUCAAAAUGAUUCUGACAAUUUCUCAGUAACAAGAAGUAAUCCUCUUUUAAUUGAACAUCAUACUAUACCCCCUUUUAUUCAUUUGGAUAAUUUACAAGCUCAGUUUUUGCCACAUAAUUUUAAUACAUUUAUACGUAUUGUACAUGCCCAAAUUCAGGCUUAUGUGACAAAAAGAGAAAUAUUGAAAGAGAUAGAAAGCCUCAGUAGGUCUUAUCCCAUCAAAAUUCAAUUCCAAAGUGAGCCAUUACAUAAAGUAGAAAUAAAAUUACAAGUAGACAAGAUAGGCUUGGUUUAUGUGGACAUGUCAUUUGAAGACAAAAGUUCCUUAUAUCCCACAGAUGUGAAUAUUCGAAAAGCUACAAGUGAAGAGGAUAUGUUAACAAUUGAAGAAGAAAAGUUCUUUGUACAAUUACAGCAAGCUUUAAAGCAAAAGUCUAUGAAAAACGUUUUCCUUGAAAUAUUAAAUACAAAUAAUCAUGAAGAUCUUCAAGAAUAGCAUUAUCAAACGAUGAAAGAGGAAUUGCAUCCUAUAAGCCACGCUUUAUCAUAAAGAAAAAGAAAAUAGACUCUAUUUUUUGUAUUCAGUUUAUUUCUUUCGUUUGC